ACUGAUUCAAGCACGACCCAGGACGAGUUGAAAAGAACAACAGAACUAGAUCUUGAAGGCUGCUCUCUUUUUGGAUUUGCUGCCUCAAGGCGAGAUAAUAUUUGUUAGAGCUUCCUAUAGCAUCAGUCCUCAUCCCUGUGACCCUUCAUCAUGGUGGACCUGUUCAGUGAUCGGGUCCUGGUGAAGAACAACAAGGACCAGGAUGAGCUGGACACAGAGCGUGAGAUUGUGAUGCGCCUGCAGAACCGCAUCCUGAUGCUCUUCUUUGCAUCUGCUGCCUGUGAAAGCUGCCAGCAGUUUGCUCCCGCACUCACCGACUUCUUCAAACGGUUGACAGAUGAAUUCUAUGUGGAUCGCUCUGCUCAGUUGGUUCUCCUGUACAUUAGUUUGGACGAGUCAGAGGAACAACAAGAAAGCUUCCUCAAAGAGCUGCCCAAGAAGUGCCUGUUCCUGGCCUAUGAGGACCCCUACAGGAGGGAGCUGGAGGCCAUGUUUAAUGUGGAGGAGCUGCCCACAGUGGUGGUGCUGCGUCCUGACUGCUCCAUCCUAACCCCUAAUGCAGUGGAGGAGAUACUCUGCCUCGGCCCAGACUGCUACCGCAACUGGCAGGAAGCGGCGGAGCUCAUCGACAGGAACUUCAUGAUCAACGAGGACUUUGAGGAGAAGUCCAUGCGCAGCUUCAGUGACCCCGUGAGAAGACUCAAGUACAAGGUGGAAGAUGAGAGGAGGAAGAAGAAGAAGAAAAAGCGCAGAGGGUGGGGUGAGGGUGGAGAUGCGGAGGUGGACGGAGGAGCGGAUGGAAAAGAAGAGGGAGGAGAUGCCAUCAAGGUUCUUGAGUUUGACUUCAAAGAUGCCAGUAAUCAUGGCAAGACUGUUUCUCAGGAUAACAUCCUCUUCUGGAAUAUGUGA